AUGAAGUUUGGCCAGGACUUUGAAGCUACCCUCGCCCGCGGCGAAUAUCCUCCAGAUUGGGUGAACUCUGCCAUCUCUUACAAGAAGCUCAAGAAAUGCAUCAAACGCGUGCAACAAGAACUUUUGAGCCUCGGACUGGACAAAGAGACUCUUGAUGCUCUAUGGGAGCAGGUUGGCUCGGAUGCGGAUGGAAGAGUAAAUGAUAGCUUGCUACAAUAUACGGUCGAGGAUGGUGAGAAGAUCAGCUUCACGCCCAAGCUGACAAUCGUCGUCGACCCUCGCGAUGGCUCUCCCAUGGACGCAUGGCUGAGUCCUGACACCCGGAGGAUCCUACGACGUCUCGCCAGAUCGUCAAACCCUAACAUUGAUCGCGCUCAACACCAGGACGAAUCUCCUCAUGGGCAACCCAGAUCCCCCUGCGAUCGUGGUCCCUCGCGGACCAUGGCAGACAAGAGUAGUGGACACUCAUUGAAUAAUACGGAGGGGCAGCCUCUUAACACGGUGGAAGUGCCUUUGACUGCAGACUCAGAAUUCUUUCAAACACUCCGGCGGGAAUUGGCGUGUCUCGACGGUCUGCAACAAGCCGAGUACGCCCGUCUGAGGGAGGAGAUCUCUCAACUUGGCAGCGAACUCCGUGCCCUACGAGCUAGCAAGUCAAAACGGUCCAAAAAAGAGGUCGAAGCGUGGCGGCAGAUCUUCGAACUUUACACUGACGCCGAAGUCUUCCUGUCUUCUCAUGAGGUCGAUGCAGGGGCUCGAAACGCGGCUCAUGCUCAAAAGCAAUUCCAACUCUUCAACCAAUCUCUAGCCGCACAACAGAAGAAGGAUGCCCUAAAGCUGGGGCAUGAUGCGAACGGUGCUUUGUCUCGCUUCCUCCAGAUCAACAUCAACCUCCUGCGGCUGAUCAGGUUUCAAGAAAUUAACCGCAUUGCACUUAGCAAGAUCAUGAAAAAAUUCGACAAGCGCACGGCUUUACAUGCAAAAAAGUCGGUGGCACAAUCACUCACAAAAGCCUCUCCGUUCAUGGUCGAGGAUUUGGCCAUGGCCACGUGCUUUACUAUUUCGGAAGAAGUGCUGAGCAUCAUCCCACAGCUCAAUGACUACUUGUGCCCGAUAUGCUUUACCAUCUCCUGGAGACCCAUCCGACUACGGUGCGGCCAUCUAUUUUGCAUUAGGUGUAUGGUUGUCCUGCAACGAGAGGAGAAGGAUCAUUGCCCUCUAUGCCGAGAGGAGGUUGUCAUGGAGGCGACCGAAAGGAACAUCGACAAAACGAUGGUCAAAUUCCUCAAAGAAAAUUUCAAAGACGAUGUGAAGGAGAAGCAGAAGCAAAACGAGAUCGCAGCUGGGAUUGACGAGUAUGGAGCUGCUUAUGAGCACGCUCGGAUGAAGAAAUGCAGUGUCAUGUGA